UGUGUACAUGGCAUAUUUUUAAUUUUUAUGAUUUUUUACGUGAAAUAUGAAGUGAAUAAUUGAAUUAACGGCAUAAAAUAAAACUAUGGCGUUUGUUAGUGCUGUUACCGGCGAUGACUCCACGAAGAAAUUCAUGGAAGUCCUUCAAAGCGACUUCAAGACACUGAGUUUGGAGACGAAGAAAAAAUAUCCUCAGAUAAGAGAGGCAUGUGAUGAAGCUAUAGAGAAAUUGUCUCUAGCUGCCAAUAACCCUCAGGCUUCACUGUAUGGAGUAGUCAAUCAGAUAUUGUAUCCUUUAGUACAGGGGUGUGAAUCUAAAGACCUCAAAAUUAUUAAGUUCUGCCUGGGCACAAUCCAGAGACUAAUAGCCCAGCAAGGCAUAGACGCCAAGGGCGCCCGUCAUGUGGUGGACUGCCUCUACAACCUUGGCCAGGCGGGUGUCUUGGAGCUGAAGCUUCUUCAGACCGCCGCUUUGCUUAUGACCACCUCGGACUUGGUACAUGGAGAUACUCUUGCUAGAACAAUGGUGAUGUGUAUACGCAUGGUGACAUCGAGCGAGUCGCGCGACGUGAGCACGAGUCACGCUGCCGCGGCGACAGUGCGGCAACUUGUCGCGCUCGUCUUCGAACGGGCGCUUGCUGAAGCCGAGGGUACCCUGAAAGUGAAUCCAGCUGAUAUAAGACCGCAAUCAAAUAACAAAGCUCCCAAAGACUUGAAACCAUGUGCAGUUGACGCCUUUCUAAUCUUACAAGAUAUAAUUCAGCUGAUCAACGGGGACGCAGCGCACUGGCUCGUCGGUAUCGCGGACGUGCCCAAGACCUUCGGCCUGGAGCUGCUGGACACCGUGUUGACUGACUUCUCACCUGUCUUUUUCAAGAUAUCCGAAUUCAGAUUCUUGUUGAAAGAACAUGUUUGUGCCCUGAUAAUACGGCUGUUUUCUCCUAACGUCAAGUAUAGGGCGGCGUUCACAGCGCUGCACAUCCCGGGCGCGGCGACCGGCCCCGCGUCUCCGGCGGCCGAGCGUCCUCACUUCCCGGUCACCAUGCGGCUUCUACGACUGGUCUCCGUCAUCGUGCACAAGUACCAUCCCUUACUUGUGACAGAAUGCGAGAUAUUCCUAUCGCUGACCAUCAAGUUCCUGGACCCGGACAAGCCGCUGUGGCAGCGAGCGCUGGCCUUAGAAGUAUUGCACAAGAUGACCAUACAACCUCACUUGCUGAAGUCGUUCUGCGAGUGUUACGAUAUGAAGCCGCACGCGACCAACAUCUUCCAGGACGUGGUGAAUGCUCUCGGCGCGUACGUGCAGAGCCUGUUCGUCGCCUCGCAGGUCAACACGCCCGCUGGAGCUACGGGUAUAGCUCAGCAAUCUGGUUUCUACUGGAAAGGUGUGUGGCUGCCACUAUGCGUGACCUUCGAGCCUGGGACCGCCAAGUCUUUGUACAUAGAAAUGCUGGACCGCACGGAAGCGCCGACCAUACAAGACGGUUACGGCAUAUCCGUCGCGUAUGCUUGCCUUAUGGAGAUCAUACGGUCCAUCGCUAUCACUGUCGAGGGGAACGAAUACUUCAGGCUUCAAGAAUUGUACGAAGACACUCAAAACGAAAGAGAGGAGAAGGAAGUCAACUCCAACAAGAACGGUAACCAUAAAGAAUCCGAACACAAAACAGAGUGCAAAGAUAUAACGAAUAAUGGUCACAACGGCGAAGCUGAUCAGAAUUCCAACGUGAUGGAGAAGAUAGACGCAGAUAUUGAGGAGAAGGAACGACUGAUCAGAUUACAGUUGUUGAAGUCGUCGUGGUGUGGCCUAGUGUGGGGCUUGUCAGUCCUAGCAGAGGCCAGCAUCGGCGAACUGGAGAACAUAUUACGAGCCAUACAGACCCUAGCUAGAGUCAGCGGGAAGGUGGGCCACGGCGUGGGGCGCGACGCGUGCGUGAGUGCGCUGUGCCGCGCGGCGCUGCCGGCGCAGUACUGCGUGCCGGCGCUGGGCGCGCUGCCGUGCCCGUGGCGGCGCGAGCCGCCCGCGCCCGAGCCCGACUGCCGCCACCAGGUCGUGUGGGUCGGCACGCCGCUGCCCAGCGCCUCGCCGCCGCAAGGCCAACAGCAGUCGUUCGUAAUGGUUACCUCCCGUCACGUGACGGCUAUGAAGGCGCUACUGUGUGCCGCGCAGAGGGACGGCGACACCAUACAACAGGCCUGGCUGCCUGUACUGACCACACUGCAGCAUCUUGUGUGGAUCCUAGGCUUGAAGCCGUCGACCGGGGGCAGUAUGAAGGCGAGUCGCGCGAGCGCUGACGCCAACGCUGUCAUGAGCACCUCCGCUGUCAUGGCAGACUUGCCUGGGCAGCAAGUUCCGGUGGCCGAGUCACUCGGAGUCAUGAGUGCAUUGUCAGCGAUGCUGUCCAGGGUGUUCGAGUCAUCUAAGAGCCUGGAUGACGUGGCCCUGCACCACCUCAUCGAUGCGCUGUGCAAGCUGUCUAAUGAAGCUAUGGAGCUCGCUUAUUCCAAUAGGGAGCCAUCACUGUUCGCAGUAGCAAAGUUGCUUGAGACGGGUCUAGCCAACAUGCACAGGAUAGAGGUCAUGUGGAGGCCUAUUACCAACCAUCUUCUAGAAGUAUGCCAACACCCUCACAUAAGGAUGCGCGAGUGGGGCGUUGAAGCGAUCACAUAUCUGGUCCAAGCUGCCUUCCAGUACCACCACAACAACCCCGUGCUUGUCACCGAGGUAAAUGAAGCCCGAGAACGCCUCCUCUUAGAGCCACUAGCGGAACUAUGCUCCGUGCGUCACUGCGACGUGCGGGCUCGACAGCUGGAGUGUGCGGCGCGGCUGCUACACUCUCGUGGGGACCAGCUCCAAGCCGCCUGGCCGCUCAUGAUGGAGAUCAUCUGUGCCAUCUCCGAACACCACAGCGAACAGCUGAUCAGGUCAGCGUUCCAGUGCGCCCAAGUGGUAGCAGGUGAUCUACUAGGCUGCGCCGGGCCCCGCUGCUUGAGACGAGUGUUGACCACUGCAGCCGCCUUCGCACAGCAAACUAAAGAGCUCAAUAUCAGUCUCACUGCUGUUGGACUUAUGUGGAACAUCUCCGAUUACUUAUACCACAACCGCGACAAGCUGGUAGCAGCGCUCGCCAACGACACGGCUGUCUGCCCCGAGGUGCCCAACCACGCUGAACUACCGCCGCUCGACAAACUAUGGAUGUGUCUUUAUAUUAGACUCAGUGAGCUAUGCACGGAGCCGCGUGCGCCAGUGCGUCGCGCAGCCAGUCAGACGCUGUUCAGCUGUAUCGGCGCACACGGCACCUUGUUGAGCAAACCCGCCUGGAGGGCGUUGUUGGCAGUCUUGUUCCCUAUGUUGGAUCAGGUUCAGAAGCAAUCGAACAUAGCGAGCUCAGAGAAAGUGGACACAGGCGAGCACAUUCUGAUACAUCACACGAGGAACACCGCACAGAAACAGUGGGCUGAAACUCAGGUGCUAACUCUGUCGGGGGUAUCCCGCGUGUUCCACUCGCGUUUCCAACUGCUGACUACAGUUGGCGACUUCGGUCGCUCGUGGGCCGCGCUGCUCGAGUACAUCACUGACUUCGCUCUCAGGAGGAGCCAUGAGGUAUCAGUAGCAGCUCUCAAGUCGUUCCAAGAGGUGGUGUCGGCGGCGGGGCGCGCGGCCGAGGGCUCGGAGAACGGAGUGCUACAGCGCCGCAUAUGGGCCUCCGCCUGGACUGCGUGGACCAACAUCGCUUCUGCGCUUAGUAAUGAUAUGCCAGCUCCUGAAGACGGCAAGCCGGUGGAGGUAUACGCGCCAUCUCUCAACUUCCUGACUACCCUGGUACAGAUAUUCCCGCUCAUCUUCCAACACAUACGACCCACGUUCACAGCAGCAGACGUAGAGAAACUAGGCGCUUGUCUAUCAAAUAUCUGCUCGAUAGAGGCGUCCCCGUCCGCGCUCGACAUCGGCACCGCCGCCGCGCCCGUAUCACUGCACGCACUGCACUGUCUCGAUACUGUGCAUAAGGAAGCCCUCGGGCGCCACGAGCUGCUGCCGCCGAUGUUCUCGGGGCUGACGUCGCUGGCGGCGUGCUCGGCGGGCGGCGGCGCGCGCUGCCUGGCCGCCGCCGCCGCGCUCUACCGCGCCGCGCCUGCGCACAGCGAGCACGUGCUGCCGCACCUGCUGCAGGCUCUCCACUCAGCGGUUCAGAAAUGCGGCCAAGACAAGCGGCGGAGAAUUAGCGACCAACCUGACGAAACUACGCAGAUUGCAUCUUUAUUACUACAGGUACUAGCAACGGGUUUGCCGUUAGCGAGAGAACGACCAGACGUGUAUAAAGAGUUCUGGGAGACGCUGCCUAAAGUGUUGGAGACAUUCAUGUUUGAACCACCUGUAGGCGGCACGUCCCACGCGCGUGAGAUAGUGGUGGUGAUCCGAGACGAGGUGUUGCGCGGCUCGCCACGCGUGCCCGCGACUCACAUACAGCAAGUACUGGCGCUGAUACGAGCCGGGUCACUGCACGUACAACCACCGAACCAGACACAAAACGAACAAGAGUUACGGGAGCGAGAAGAGUUCGCGCGGACGUGUUUCGAGACGUUACUACAGUUCUCCAUGCUGGAGGACAUUGACUCACUCACAGGGGUGGAAAAUGAUACCGACCCCUUAGCAAUAGUUGCCCUGCUAGACAGGUUUCAAGAAGUCAUAUCUAGGUAUACCAGGGAUGAUGAUAGCACAGAACCUUUGCCAAGGCACCAGUUAUCAGAAAUAUCGUUCGUUUUGAAAGCGAUAGCGACGCUCACAGAGUCGAUGAAGAAAGCGCCGCCCGGGAAAGUGGACGCUUUGGCGUGGCAGAAAUUAAUAGGAGUGUACCCGUCGCUGGCGGUGCUGGCGGCGCGCGGGCGCGUGGGCGGCGCGGCGCUGCGCGAGGCGCUGCUGCAGUACGCCGCGCUGCUGGCCGCGCCGCUCUAGCGCCGGCUGCUCUACACCAUACACAUAUAGAGCACGAGGCUCUAGUGACGUCAUAACCCGACGAGAGGAGCAGUGACGCCACGCGGUUGGAAGCAUUCCAUAGACGAACACUUGUGAUUAUUAGCGAUUGUUUAUAACAAUAACAUUUGUAUAGGUAUCCAAUAAAUUAUGUAUCCCGUU